AGUAAAUAAACGCAGAAGUGAUUUAGUAGCUUGCGAAAGCGUGAAGGAGUAAGGAAGCCUUUGCGGAAGCGAGAGAAAGCGCUGAUUGAAUUCUAGCUACUAGUUCAGAGGUGAAAAAAAGUACUUCACAGUACAGUACGGCAGGAAGAGGUAAACAUGGAGUUAAGGAUCUUUUGGUUGCAUGUUGUUCUGAUUUUCUUACCCUCACUGACGUCAAAAUCAGCCAGGGGUGUUGAUAAAGCUUUAGACAUGGUAAGGAAUGAGAUAGCGGAUCAUCAAGCUGAUGCUAAUGAGAUUAUAGACUUCUUAACAAAAGGACCAGGAAAGCAUCAAGUUUAUAACAGACUUGCAACAUUUGUUGAUACGUUUGGCAGUCGAGUUGCAGGCUCUGCCAAUCUGGAGCAUGCUAUAGAUUAUAUGUUAAAUGAGCUGAAAGAGGACAAACUUGAUAAUGUACAUGGUGAAGAAGUGAAUGUAACACACUGGGUGCGUGGUAAGGAAUCAGCCCAAAUGAUUAUGCCAAGGAAUCACUCUAUGGCCCUGCUUGGCCUGGGAGGUAGUGUUGGUACUCCACCUGAAGGUAUUACUGCCGAAGUUUUGGUGGUGAGCUCAUUUGAUGAACUUCAUGCCAAGGCCUCAGAGGCUAAGGGUAAAAUUGUGGUUUUUAAUGAGAAGUGGAUUCGUUAUGGGAAGACAGUGGCUUAUCGAGAUAACGCUGCUGUUGAGGUGGCCAAAGUUGGUGGUCUUGCCUCCCUUAUCCGUUCUGUGACUCCAUUUUCUAUCAACAGUCCUCAUACUGGCUGGCAGUAUUAUCAAAAAGGAGUAAAGAAAAUCCCCACAGCCUGUAUAACAAUAGAAGAUGCAGAAAUGAUGGCAAGGAUGGCAGCAAGAGGAACAAAAAUAGUAGUCAACUUGAAAAUGGAAGCCCAAAACUUGCCACCAGUGGUUUCAAGGAACACAGUUGCUGAGAUAGAAGGCAGUGUGUAUCCAGAACAGGUGGUUCUUGUCAGUGGUCAUUUAGACAGCUGGGAUGUUGGUCAAGGUGCAAUGGAUGAUGGGGGAGGUGCAUUCAUUUCCUGGCAAGCACUGUCAGUUAUUCGACAGUUAGGUCUCAAACCAAAGCGCACGAUGCGGAUGGUGCUAUGGACAGGAGAAGAGGAGGGUCUUCUUGGAGCAGAACAGUACUACAUUCGUCACAAAGAAAAUGCAGGAAAUUUCAGCUUGGUGAUGGAGUCUGACAUUGGAACUUUCAAGCCUGUAGGGAUAGCCUUUAAAGGCAGCAAAAAUGCAUCUGUUGUAAUGGAGGAAGUGAUGCAGCUGUUGAAGCCAAUUAAUGUUACUAAUCUGAAAGUUACUAACGUUGGUGGGGAUAUCACCUUCUGGAUUGAAGAAGGGGUACCAGGUGGUAGCUUGGACAAUGAAAAUAGUAAGUACUUCUAUUUUCACCACUCAAAUGGUGACACCAUGACUGUACAGGACCCUGAUGAUAUGGACCUGUGUGCUGCAGUGUGGACUGUUGUGGCUUACACUGUUGCCAAUCUAGAUGAAAUGCUGCCUCGAAACUAGUAACAACAGAAGUAUGAUUACCAAGGUAGCUCUCUUUCAUUUUCAGUGUUGUGAAAAGUCUCAGUAAGUUAUUACUUUUUAAUGUACACAAUGACUAGCCCAAGGCACAUAUUACACUACGCAGAUGUAAUUAUUUUUUUAACAAUAUAAUUUAGUUUGAGAUGAGAUGAAUAUUAAGGUGGGAAUUGAGAAGCAGGGAACAAUUAGCUGUCGUGAUCUAUACCUUCAAGACAGGAGAACAUUUUUUUUAUUUCUAUCGCAUGCUUUUCACCAAACAGGAAAGUUCAUUGGAAUUUGAUUCAUGUAGUUGAAGCAUAUUUUUUUUAACAUAAGUGGACUACUAUAGACUGAUGCCCCAUUCACACCAAAGUUUAAACAUGUUUGAAAGCUGUUUUUUGAAUUUGAUUAACAGUUUUUUCUUCAUAGAAACUGUUUAAAUUGAUGUUUGUCAAUGUCAAAUGCAGAACUUUGAAAAUACAGGUUUGCCAUUACUUGGAUCCUAUUGGAAAUUUGUGUUUAAGUUCUGUUAACAUGAUUUAACUAAGCAAGUUUUGCUGGUGUGAAAGUGCAUUAUGUUAAGUUGACUCCUUGUACUUGCAGGUUUUUAAAAAACUAAGGUAGGGAAAUAUUUCACUCCAUACUCUCAAUGGUCCUCUGUACAGGGAAAGAAAAAAAAAUCUUACAGGCAUUGCAAUCCUAUUCCACAGCUCCUUAGGAUAACUUAAAAAUUCCUGGAUGAGGAGAAUUCCUAAGAGCUCUACUAAGUAGUUAUUAUGACACACUAGUACCCUAGCUGGGAUAACCGUCAGCUCAAGGUGAUGAUUCCCCUAGUUAAAGUAAAACCACUGUCAUUGUUUUCAAACCUACUCUACUCCCCUUCAGGGAAGAGAGGCCAAAAAUAUUUCCUUUGUUUCCAUCUCACUGUCAUUGUUCCAAAUGUCAAAGUCCAAUUAACCUGCUUUUGGGGGCUUUGACUCCAGAGCUGAAGUUAAUUAACCCCCGAGGGGGAGAUCCUCUUUGGACUUAACAAACAACUAGGGUUCUUGUAUCUACAAAGUCUUGGAAACUUGCCUUUAGCUGGGACCAUCAUACUUUCAAAAUUUUUAGGAAGAUAUUUUGUAUUUGAUAGAAUUUUUGAAAAUAAAAGAAUUCUUUUUUACA